UCCGUGAGAGAACAGAGCAAGCUUCAGCUUUAUCUAAAUUUCCACGAGACUUACGCUAGAGAAAAAUGGAGAACAAAAAUGCUACCACCCUUCCUGAACAGAAAUCGGAAGAAUCUAAAUGCAAAGAGGAUUCACUUCUCCCCAUCGUUGAGAAGGGACUUUUCUUCCAUGAUUCUUUCUUCGAGGAUAUUCGGAAGCACUUUGAGACAGCUAUCGACCAAAUCCUUGAUACGUGGGGAGAAGGCAAAUCCGUGAGUGAUCUGAUGAGUAGCUACAGACGUGUAAGAGAGCGCAAUUUGCAGCAAGAGAACCAAGUCAUGGCCUUCAGCGAAGACGACCAGAAUCACAAGGUUGUACUGGAUGUUCAUGACUUCAAGAGUGGAGAUGUUAAGGUUAGAGUGGAAAACAAUCAGGUGGUGGUGGAGGGUCGAGUGGAAAAGGAAGAGGACGACUUCAAGUCCAUGAAAAGCUUCUAUCGACGUUUCAACUUCCCAGGCAAAGUGAACAUGGAGGCCGUGACUUCCGCAACGUCUUCCGAUGGCGUCUUAACUGUCACGGCUCCUAAGAUUCCACAGGCAGCAUAGGAAAUCAUAUUCCAUUAUCAAUUGUAAUCUAAUUUUAAAUAUACGUUUAACAAUAUAUUUUUCUUUAGGAUAAUGUUAAAAUGAAUGAAGCUUUUGCUAUUUUUCAAAUAAAUUACACUUG